GACUCGAUCAAUGAAUUUCAGUUGCUCAACAACCGUCCUCUGUGAACGACACUAUAUUCGCCGAGGGAGGGUAACUCAGCUAUUGUAGAUAGUCUAACGAAUAUAGUUUUCUGUGGUGUAACCUAGUAGUUUGUAGAAAGUAUUUGUUUCGUGUACUGUGUCUUCAAGUGGAAAUCCCAACUGUGUAAUCAAAGGGAAUCAGCACAGAUGUUUGUGAAUUGUUGCAAUCACAUGAAGAAUUCAGCGACCAGUCAGUGCCUAUAAACGUGUAAAGUGUGAGUCCUGUGCAAGAUUGGUCACCGAGGAAAUGUGAAAACAAGUUUCCCAUUCUCUGAGAUUGAAUCGAGUGGAAAAGAGUGUUCUGUCCGUCACACGAGGUGAGCGAUCAGAAUUGGUCAAUCGGCACAGUAGAGAUAUACUGUAUUUGAGUGUGGCAAGUGACCAUGUAAGACCGAAGCCAACCGUUGGUUCUCAAAGCUUUAGAUUCACAGGAGUGUAUGCCUUACAUGUGUGUAAAUUCAACUAGUUACUGCGAAAGAACAAACGAAACCCAAAUCAAGUGUCCAGCCCCACGGGUGUGCAUGGCGAUGCAUUGCCAAUAAAAGUUGAUAGUUUACAUGUUCGGCGUAAGCAAGUGCAGUGCAGUGAAGUUGGCAGAAAGUGAAUGCCAAGAGUCUAUCCACGGCCCACGAGGAGCAUAAGUGAAAUAGCAUAAAAUCGACUCUUGAAAAAAAGUGUUUAAUCUUUUCGUCAUUCCUGUCGCCAUUUACUUGGUGGUCGUGUGCAUACGCUUAAAUCAAGUAGGUAAGAAGCUGUUGGCCAACAUUAACUCAGAGUCGCCGUCGGAAUCGAAGGAGUAGUGACAGAAAAUGGUGCAAUGGACACUGGUUUGGGCCGGCAUCGGUGUCCUAAUGGCCAUCUCGGGCGCCCUGCUCGGAUGGGUAGUUUUUCCCGUGGCAGUGCAUGACAAAAUCAUCGAGAACACAGAACUUCGGCAAGAAACGCCACAGUUCAAGCGAUGGGAGGCCAUACCACAACCGCUUGAUUUUAAAGUAUACAUCUUCAAUGUCACUAACCCCUACGAAGUGCAAAUGGGUCGACGACCUCGGGUCGUCGAGGUCGGACCUUUCGUCUAUUUCCAAUAUCGUAACAAGGAUAACGUUCGAUUUAGUAGGGAUCGAUCCAAGGUUCACUUCUCCCAACAGCAGAUAUAUGUUUUUGAUGCCGAGUCAUCGUAUCCCCUGACUGAAAACGAUCAACUCACGGUGCUGAAUAUGCACAUGAAUAGCAUAUUGCAAAUAAUCGAUACCCAAGCAAAGGAAACGAUCACAAACUUUCGGUCUGAUGUUAACAAUACUCUCGAAAAAAUCCCCGUAGUUAGAGUCAUUAAACGAAUAAUAGAGAAAACGACGCCGAUCCAAUCAAUCCUUCAAAUCGCUGAAGACGAAACCUACGACAGCCUCCGGUUGAUCAACGUCGAACUGAAUCGUAUCUUUGGCCGGCCGGAUUCAAUGUUCCUACGGACGACGCCCAGAGAGUUCCUUUUCGAUGGGGUUCCCUUCUGCGUGAACGUGAUCGGCAUUGCCAAGGCCAUCUGCAAGGAGAUCGAAAAGCGAAACACCAAAACCAUCCGGGUGAUGCCCGACGGGUCGAUGAAGUUCUCGUUUUUCUUUCAUAAAAACAUGACUGACGACGGCACCUAUACGAUCAACACCGGGAUCAAGGAUGCAACGCAGACGCAAAUGAUCGAAUACUGGAAUGGAAGGAACACGUUGGAUAGGUGGACCAAUCGAUCGUUAGGAUCGGCUUCGAAGUGCAACAUGAUCGUCGGAACGGACGGUUCCGGAUAUCCUCCGUUCCGGGAGGGUGUGAAGAAGAUGACCAUUUUCAGUUCCGAUAUUUGCAGAACUGUGGACAUCAAGUACGUAGGACCAUCGAGCUACGAGGGAAUUCCUGCGCUACGGUUCGAAACUGAUAAAAAUUUCCUAAACGAGAUCGGUCCCGAGUACGGCAACGAUUGCUACUGUGUCAAUCGGAUACCAAAGGCGAUCGUGAAAGACAAUGGUUGUCUCUACAAAGGAGCACUGGAUCUGUCCACAUGUUUCGAUGCCCCCGUCGUUCUAACGCAUCCGCACAUGAUGGGUGCGGCCCAGGAGUACACCAGUCUAAUUGAUGGGCUACAUCCCGAUCCGGAGAAGCAUCAGAUCUUCGUUGACGUGGAACCGCUCACCGGAACGCCUCUGAAUGGAGGCAAACGAGUUCAGUUCAACAUGUUCCUACGGAGAAUCGACUCAAUCCGACUGACUGAUCGCCUGCAGACUACCCUGUUCCCGGUCCUGUGGAUUGAGGAAGGCAUCGCCCUAAACGAAGACAUGGUCAAACUGAUCGACGACAGUCUGAUGAAGAUUCUCACGCUGCUGGACAUUGUCCAGUGGGUGAUGAUUGGGUCUGGCCUUGUGCUAGCGAUCAUCAUGCCCAUCGUGUACUUUACCAAACGGAGGCCAUCGUCUGGAUCUAUCACGCCGAGCCUCACCACGACCACCAGUGCCGGCAGUAUUUCCGACGGCGGCGUGCUCGGUGGGAACCCGCAAAAGUGACAUUCACUGACGUUGACCUUUCUGGACUGAUUAAACUUUGUCGGACUCGAGGGGGGAUGGGAAAGUGCGAGGAUGAGUGAGUGAGCGAGUGAAAUAGAGAGUAUCAAGUGCCAACACAUGCUUAAGCAAAAUGAAGCAACGCACGCGGUUCGCUUUUGUGCAUUUUAGUGCAAACUAAGUCAAUCCGAUUCCGUCCAUUUUAGAAAUGAAUCAUGAUUCUUUUUAAUUCAUACAGUAAAAGACAGGUUAAAAUAGCUAAUUUUAUGUGAUUUUUGUACAUAAGUAAAAUGUG